GCGCGGGGCGGGCCCGUCCCCUCCCCCGCCGCUGCCGCCGCCGCCGCCGCGCUGGGAGCCCCCACUCCCCAGUCGCCGUCCUCGUCGCUCGCUCCGUGCCUCCCCGCGGGCCGCUCUCCCGUUCUGACGAUGGCGCGUGGCGGCCGUGACCGCCUCCUGGGGCUCGCCCUGGGGCUGCUGCUGGCGCUGGCGCUGGCGCCCGGGGCGCUGCGGGCCAAACCCACGGUGCGCAAGGAGCGCGUGGUGCGGCCCGACUCGGAGCUGGGCGAGCGGCCGGCCGAGGACAACCAGAGCUUCCAGUACGACCACGAGGCCUUCCUGGGCAAAGAGGACUCCAAGACCUUCGACCAGCUCACCUCGGAGGAGAGCAAGGAGAGGCUGGGGAAGAUUGUUGACCGAAUUGACAAUGAUGGGGAUGGCUUUGUUACUACUGAGGAGCUGAAAACUUGGAUCAAGCGAGUGCAGAGAAGAUACAUCUACGAUAAUGUCGCUAAAGUCUGGAAGGAUUAUGAUCGGGACAAAGAUGAUAAAAUUUCCUGGGAAGAAUACAAACAAGCCACCUAUGGUUACUACCUAGGAAACCCUGAAGAGUUUCAAGAUCCUUUAGAUCAUAACACCUUUAAAAAGAUGCUGCCACGUGAUGAGAGAAGGUUCAAGGCUGCAGACCUCGAUGGUGACCAGAUAGCCACUCGGGAGGAGUUCACCGCCUUUUUGCACCCUGAGGAGUUUGAGCAUAUGAAGGAAAUUGUGGUUUUGGAAACUCUGGAGGACAUCGACAAGAAUGGGGAUGGGUUUCUGGAUCAGGACGAGUAUAUUGCGGAUAUGUUUUCCCACGAGGAGAACGGCCCUGAGCCUGACUGGGUUGUGUCAGAACGGGAGCAGUUUAAUGAGUUCCGGGAUCUGAACAAGGAUGGGAAGUUGGACAAAGAUGAGAUUCGCCACUGGAUCCUCCCUCAGGACUAUGACCAUGCUCAGGCCGAGGCCAGGCACCUGGUGUAUGAGUCAGACAAAAACAAGGAUGAAAAGCUAACUAAAGAGGAGAUAUUAGACAACUGGAACAUGUUUGUCGGAAGCCAAGCUACCAAUUAUGGGGAAGAUCUCACAAAAAAUCAUGAUGAACUUUGAUACAUACAGCAGACUAUGGGAGGCUUUCUUUUCAUGUCUGGGAUGGUUGCUACAGUUGUCUCAUUUACAAAAAAAGCAAAUUUAUAACCUCAGAUUGGGGUUAAAAUUGUUUUUCACUCAGUAUUUACUGGAAAAUCAUUAUUGCUAUUCUUUCAGUGAGACUUCUCUCCAAACACAUUAAAACCUGGGUAAAUUGCUAUGGGGAUACUUGCUAAAACAUGAUUUUUUAGCUUUUUCCAUUAAACGUAGACUAAAGGGGAAGAAAAUUUGAAAGAGCCCCUAUAUUCAGAAGUUGGGUGGGUUAGGGGCAAUAUAUGAAGCGACUGCUAUGUUAUUUUAACCGCACGUUUUUUGCAUUUGCCACUGUUGAACGGCUGAUGAGAGAAAGUUCUGAUGAAACUACAGUGGUGUCCUCCUGUGUAGGCUUAUUUCAGAGCACGUCUAAUAUUCCAGAUUCUUUCUUCUUGACUUUGUACUCUGAGCUGUCACUGUAAAUGGUAUAUAAAACCUCCGUGCAUUUUUCUGCACGGACCUGCUAAUGUGCACAACAAAUCCCUAUCUUUGUGCUUUUUGUUUUUACAUUAAGAAGCAAUCAAGAAAGAUAAUGUGAAAAAGAAAGGAAUUUUAGAGGUAGGGAAAACAUGAAUGCCAGGCAUUCAAAGAGCUAUAGGAAAAUGAUAAACACUUUAUUUUACUUGAGAACAUUUUCUUGACAUGUAAAUGAGGUAGGUCUGAUCUUUGAAAAAUGAAUAGAAAUACCAUCCAUUUCCUCACUGAUCACCAGUAGGAAUGAGGCUGUGGGGUCCUGGGGAAGCGCAGCGUGCGGAGCUCGAGCUCUGGAACCCGCGCCGUCUGGUCCCCGUGAAGCUGCGACCCUUGGAUCUGCCCCCCGGGACUAUACACCGUGGAAUGAGGACACGAUGAUGUUCCAGGCCAUUGGCUGAACUGGUAGAAACAACUUUUACAGGUUGACAUUUCACCUUGUAAGUAGCAAGUGAACAAAAUAAAGGAUCCCGCUGAGGAUUUUCUACUGUG